UAAAAAACGCGCCAAAUUAUUGGAACAAAACAAACAAACCAAAACAAAAAAGCAAGUAGUUUGGGGAUGAAAAAGCAAUACAUUAUUUGCAAUAAAAGACAACGAAUUAAACAAAUGUUAGUUGUGUUAGAAAAUUAAUACUCGAAAGAAAUCAUUAUGGGUAUUACUGGUUUAAUACCUUUUUUGGAAAAGGCCUCGUCCUCCGUUAAUAUCAGACAGCUGCAGGGAUCAUCAGUGGCCGUGGACAGUUAUUGCUGGCUACAUAAAGGUGUUUUUGCGUGUGCCGAAAAACUGAUAAGAGGUGAAACUACCGAUAUUCAUAUACAAUACUGCCUCAAAUAUGUCGACAUGCUGAUGAGACACAAAAUCAAGGUCAUCAUGGUAUUUGAUGGCAGACAUUUACCCGCAAAAGCCGAAACAGAGCGCAGACGACGUGAAGCAAGAAAUGAAAGCAAAGAAUUGGCAAAGGAAUAUUUGAGAAGGAAUGAAAUAGAAAAGGCUAGAUCCCACAUGAGAAGAGCGGUCGAUGUGACACACGAAAUGGCUUUGCAGCUUAUAAAAGAGUGUCGACAACGAGGCGUUGAUUGUAUAGUAGCGCCUUAUGAAGCAGAUGCCCAAAUGGCUUGGCUAAAUAAGCAGGGUUUAGCUGAAUAUAUAGUUACAGAGGAUUCAGAUUUAACCCUGUUCGGUGCCAAAAAGAUUCUCUUCAAAUUAGACUUGACGGGUCAGGCCUUGUUGGUGGAAAAUACUAAACUACACCUGGCCAUGGGUUGUAAGCUAGAAAAAUACACUUUUGACAAGUUUCGUAGAAUGUGCAUAUUAUCAGGCUGUGACUAUUUGGACUCUUUGCAGGGCAUUGGCUUGAAAAAGGCCUGCAAAUUCAUUUUAACCACCGAAGAAGAUGACAUGACGAAAGCUUUGAAGAAAAUACCGACUUAUUUGAAAAUGAAACAAUUGGAGGUAACAGAUGAUUACAUUGAAUCUUUCCUCAAAGCUGAGGCUACAUUUAAACAUAUGUUUGUAUACAAUCCCUUGGAGAGGAGAAUGGAGAGAUUGCAUGAGCUAGAGGAAUUCCAGACAGACGAAAGUCAUUGUAGUAACGCUGGCUCGUUGCUGGAUGACGCAGAACAGGCAUUUCAAUUAGCAUUAGGAAAUCUUAAUCCCUUUAGCUUAAAACAAUUGGAUGACUGGCAUCCGGACCGUAGUUGGUCAGAUGCUAAAACUAAACUUAAAAGUAUUUGGCGCGGUACAAACCAUGCAGAUGACUAUAAAGAUGCUAUCGAACAUAAACCACAAGUUAAAAAGGCGACUGGUUCUAUAUUUCAGUUUAAAAAAAUUGAAUACAAAAAUAUGGCUGAAAUGGAGAUACAAGAGAAACUCAUUGAAGAAAAGUGUAAACUUGAGGAAGCAGAAAUAUUUUCCAUGUACAAAUAUGCUUCCCCAAAAAUGGAUAGAAAACGUAAGAGAAGAGAGUCCACCUCAUCCAGUAGUGAAGCUGAAGAAGACAAUGAGAAGCAUAUGCAAAACGAAAAAACACCUAAGAAAUACGCACACAAUCCCUUUGCCAAAGUUAAUACUACAUUGGAAAAUAUACAAAAAUCACCUGUUUGCAACAACAACUCACUGCUUAAACUACUAAGUCCUAAGAAAGCCAAUGACAAUAACAUUAAUCAACAAAAGGCUUCAGUAAAGUCGAGAUUUUUUGCUGAAAAUAUAAAACAAGUUGUUAAGAAACCAUUUGCUGCCAGAGAUUUAACAUCGGAAAUGUUCAAAAUAGAAAAGAAAACAAAUGCAUUUAUAGAGCAACAACAAGAUUUAUACCAUUGUUCCAUGCAAUCACCUAAAAAGAAAAUUAUAGAUAAUAAGCCAACAAAAAUUGAAGAUGAGGAUGAAUCGUUGCAAAGUAGUAGUCAAAAUAAUAAUAAUAAUGAGGAGGAGGAUGAAGAAGAUAAUUAUAACAAAGAAAGUUUAGAAUCUUCCGAAAGUUGCCCUAGUUCCCAAGAAAACAAACCUUGUGGAUCUUCGGUUACUAAAGAGGAAAUAAUUUUACUUUCUGAUAUUGAAGAAGAAGAAGUAUGUACUAAAAAAUCUUCUACAAAAGUAGUACAAAAACUUACUAUGACAUUUUCACAAAGGCCUCACGUAGGCCUAUCCAAAACUAAAGCUAAAACACAAACUACUCCUCGUAAAUCUGCAAAAUCUUUAACAACUGUUGAUCCCAAACAAUCAAAAUUAAGUAUGUUUGGCUUCCAAAAGAGGCCGUCUUUAAAAAAGUUAUAGUUAAGUUUGGUAUUUUUUUAAUAAUAGUGUUAUUUAUGUAUUUGUUAUUUUUAAUAUUUAUGCUAUUUGUGUGCGUAAUAAAUAUGUAUAUGCGUUUUUUGCAUUUUAUA